AUGUCGACCUUCGAGCCUGUGGUUGUCAUUGAUGGCAAGGGACACUUGCUCGGUCGUCUCGCCAGCACAGUCGCGAAGCAGCUGUUGAACGGCCAGAAGAUUGUUGUCGUCCGAACCGAGGCGCUCAACAUCUCUGGCGAGUUCUUCCGUGCCAAACUCAAGUACCACGCCUACCUCCGAAAGAUCACUCGAUUCAACCCAACGCGAGGCGGACCGUUCCAUUUCCGCGCGCCCGCUCGCAUCUUCUACAAGACCGUCCGCGGCAUGAUCCCACACAAGACCGCUCGAGGCGCCGCCGCUCUGGAGAGACUGAAGGUCUUUGAGGGUGUGCCUGCCCCGUACGACAAGAAACAGCGCGUCGUCGUCCCCCAGGCCCUGCGAGUCCUCAGAUUAAAGCCCGGACGGAAGUACUGCACAGUGGGCCGAUUGGCUCAUGAGGUCGGCUGGAAAUACCAGGACGUGGUCGCCAGACUCGAGGAGCGGAGAAAGGUCAAGGGCGCCGCCUACUACGAGAGGAAGAAGGUUGCCAGACGACAACUCGCCGAGGCCCAGAAGUCUUCGGGCGAUGCGAAGACCAAGGAGAAGUUGGCCGCGCUCGGCUACUAG